GACUAAAUCUGACUCAUUCCUCCAGCUCCACCUCAUGCUCAGUUAGGUUAGCUAGUUAACGUGAGCUUCUUUUAGCAGCUAAGGUAGUUAGCGUAGGUUAGUUUACACUAGUUAGCUACAGUGUGUGUGGUCUUUAGCUGUAACAGUUAGACCAAAAUUACCAAACAAGCUGUUAUUUAAUUUUACUUUUGUGUGACACUGCUCUUAAUUUUUUUCUGGUGGAAAGAUGGCAUAUGUUCCUGCGCAGAACUGUGUUCCAAUAUCAGAUUUAAGCCCCAAUACCACACACCCGAAUGUGGUUGGAAUUAUCAUUGCAAAGACUGACACCAGAGGAUUUCCUGACAGAAGAAAUGUUGGAUCUGAACGAUUCACUUUCAGCUUUACUAUUAAAGACUCCCUAGACCAUUGCAUUAAUGUGUCUUCAUGGGGCAAAGAGGAUUAUGUUCAAGGACUUUGCAGCCGGAUCAGAAUUGGAGAUUGUGUUGUCAUUGAGAAUCCACUUGUUGUUAACAAAGAUCCUGAGAGAGAAGACCGAUUCUGUCCUUCAACCUCAAGUUUUUACAGAUUGCUGGUGACAGAAACUCAUUCAGCCAUAAGGAUGUGUUCAGAUUUAGAAACAGAGACCAGGCUCCUGUCUCUUUUCCACAUACCAAUAAAGGAUUCAAGAGACUUCUAUUCACUGGGAGACAUUACUGCAAAUGGGCAAAGCCUCAAUGGAAGUUUCAUUAACAUUCUUGCUGCUGUGCGAUCGGUCGGAGAGCAGAAGUUCUUUACUACUUCAGCAGGAAGAAAUGGUCAGAGGCUAGAGAUAAAGCUGUUUGAUGAAACUUUGGCUUCCUUCCCUCUUGUAUGCUGGGAUCGAGAGACAAUUCAGCUUCUACAGGCACUAACACCACGAGAGACAGUGCUGUUCAUCGCGGAUGCUCGCACCAGCUUUGAUGGAUUUCGUAACAGCAUGUUGGCAACAGCCACCUCAAAAACAAUCAUUACCAUUAAUCCUGAUACAACUGAAGCCAACCAGCUGUUUAAUUACGCAAGGGAAAUAUCUGACAGUGGACGACUAGAUGAGCAAGAGAGUGAUAAUGUCCCUUUGGAAUCCAUUAAUGAGGUGAUGACAGUGAAACAAAUCAAAGCCAAAAUCCAAGACAGCUCAGAUGUCUUCCAUGGUGUGAUCUAUGCAUUCUUUACAACUCUAGGAUUAGAUUCCUCCAUGUCCAAACUUAUUUGCAGCAGGUGCACCAAAUGCAGGUUCCAAGUCAGUGAGGAAAUUGGGGCCUGCAGUAACAUGGCAUGUCCUAGUCAAGGACAACCACUGGAAGCCUCUCUAGACUUCAGCCUGCUGGUUAAUAUCAGUGAUCACACUGGAACACUGAAGGGCUGUUCUCUGACAGGCACAGCUGCUGAGAAAACACUGGGUUGCACAUCGGAGGAGUUUAUGUGCUUCCCAGAGCCUCAUCGAAUGACCAUGAAGUGGAGAUUUCUGCUGGAGAGAUGCAAAAUUUAUCUGAAGGUUUUAUCGAAGAAAACUGGCACAAGGGCACAUAUCCUUUCUUGUACACUUGCUGAUCCAGUGGAAGUAAAGCAAAGCAUGUCAGCCCUGACCAUCUGAGUGUGUAACCUGACUGAUGGGGAGCAAGGAAAAUUAAAACAACAGUUGCAAUGUUUUGAGUGAGGGUUCAGAUUAAAUGCAUAUUUUGCGUGAAAUGAGGAAAGUGUUCAACAAGUGGUGAAAUAUUUAUCAUAAUUUAGAUAAUUUAUGGAUAUAGUUUGUGUUAUAUAUUUGUGUAUUUAUGAAAUGUGUUUAUUUCACAGUUAUACAUUUAUAUAUAAUUUUACAUAUUUUCACAGUUAUUACAUUAAUUACAUAAUUUCACAGUUAUUACAUUUAUAUGGAUUAAUGUAAUAUUUAGUGUGUAAGUAAAAGGGAGGGAUAUUUCUCGUAUUUAAUUUGCUUUUUUGUAAAAAAAAAAUACUGUUUUAUAUUUGUGUUCUCUGUAGAAAAAAAAAAAUCACAAUGUUAUGUUAUUAUUGUUGGGUUUAAUGCUAAUAAAUAUCACAUGCUCAUG